AUGUCGCUCGCUGCUCCUGCUGCUGCCGACUCUGACUGUUCCACCACCAGAUUACACGCCCACCAUCAACACAAGCGUGAGGUUGUGUAUGACUACUCGUACGUGACUGUGACUGUCGACAAGGACGGCUCGCUCAUUCCUGAAACCACCCUGGUCAAGGAGCCAGUUUCCACCGUUGCUGAUGCCUCCACCACCAGUGCGGCCAACCAGGUCAAGGCUGUGGACUCGUCUUCCAGCUCAUCCAGCGCCAGCUCCAGCUCCAGCGCUGCCAGCUCUAGUUCGUCCAAAUCGUCUUCUUCCGGCACUUCUGGCGACCAGCCUCCAAAGGGUGACUUGGGUGCAUUCCAAGACCCCAGCACCCCCUUCCAGGACGGUGUGAUCAGCUGCAGCUCGUUCCCAUCUGGCCAAGGUGUGAUCCCAUUGUGGUACCUCGGCUUUGGCGGUUAUUCCGGUAUCGAGAACAGUGAUGGCUCCACCGGUGGUAACUGCAGAGAGGGCUCCUACUGCUCGUACGCCUGUCAAUCUGGUAUGUCCAAGACUCAAUGGCCAGAAGACCAACCUUCCAACGGUGUCUCCAUCGGUGGUUUGUUGUGUAAGAACGGUAAGUUGUACAGAUCCAACACCAAGGCCCAGCACUUGUGCGAAUGGGGUAUCCAGGCUGCCUCCGUGCAGAACCAGUUGAACAAGGACGUCGCCAUCUGCAGAACCGACUACCCAGGUACUGAAAACAUGGUCAUCCCAACUGUCCUCCAAGGUGGCUCCUCGUCUCCUAUCACUGUCGUUGACCAAGGCACCUACUACCAAUGGAAGGGCCAACCAACCUCUGCCCAAUACUACGUCAACAACGCCGGUGUCUCGUGGCAAGAUGGUUGUCAAUGGGGUUCUGAAGGUUCCGGUAUCGGAAACUGGGCUCCAUUGAACUUCGGUGCUGGUUACGCAAACGGAGUCUCCUACUUGUCGUUGAUUCCAAACCCUAACAACCGUGACGCUGCCAACUUCAGAGUCAAGAUUGUUGCCGACGGUGACGCCACCGUCAGUGGAUCUUGUGUCUACGAAAAUGGUUCCUACAACGGUGCUGGUUCCGACGGUUGUACCGUUGGUGUCACCCGUGGUAAAGCCAAGUUUGUCAUCUACUAG